AUGAAUAGUCUGAAGGAGUAUGUAAAGAACAUAGACUUUGGAGUUGUAGACGAUCCAGAAAUAUUGGAUAACGUCUAUAACGAAAUAGACGGGCAGGAAAGGAUACUGAUCUUGGAUGUCGAAACAACUUAUCAGAUGGAAAAUCUUGUGAGAAGAAGUAAUUCUAGGCAGAUACUAGAUCUUUUUAGAAAACUGGAUAUAGAACAGAUUAUGACUAAGAAGCUGGGAUCCAGAGUCCUUGAGGUAAUAUAUGAUGUUAUCUUUGAUAUGAUCUAUGUUCAAGGCCAAAGUAUUGAUGUUGAAGUGUUUGUAAAGCCUGUGGAAGAUGUGCUGAAGACCAAGUUCUUCGACACAAAUGCUACACAUAUUAUUAGAAAGGUUUUCCAGCUGGUAAGUGGAAAAAAGAUCCGAGGAGACAAGAUUCAGUCCUUUAGCUCUGUAGCUCCUGGGCACAUAGAGAGAUACAAAGAGACAAUCACCGAGUUGAUUCCCCGUCUUUCGAAGGAAGACAGUUUUAUCACGCUACUGGUAUAUACUUAUUGCUACCGAAGUAAAAGUAUCAUCCAGGAAGUAGUAAAAUGCCACUUCACCUGGGAAAAAGCUUGUGACCCGUUGAAAUCCUACUUUUUUGAAAAAAUAGUAAGGCUGGCAGGAAGGAAAACAAGGAACUAUAUCUUUGAAGAAAUCAAAGACAAAGUGAUGGAAAUAUGUAAGGAUAGAUAUGGAAAUUACUUUAUUGGCGAGUUUAUUCUCCACCAUCACGAACAAGCCGAUUAUUUUUAUAAGGAGAUAAACUUGUCCGAAUUUAGCAGGAAUUCCAACAUAAUCAUGAAGCUUACACAUUCCCUGAUAAAGGCAAAGUCGUACUCAAAUGUCGACAAAAUAAUGAGGGACUUCUACUUAGAAAACGGAGAUGACAUUAUAUCUUGUACAUUUGGUGGUGUCGAAGGAAAUUUCAAGCAAAAAUAUGCUCCGAUGCUCUCCGAGCUUAUGAAGCUUCCUAAUUCACGUAACUACGGGAUAAAUGCUGCUUUCGGAAAAAAGUUCUGCUCCAGAUGGAUCAGAUCGAAAGGAGGAAUUGAACUUCUCCAAGGGUAUUACGAAGGAACAGACGAUAACAGUUCAAAAAAGAACUUUACUAAACGGAUUGAAAGACACCUGCCUCUUAUGGCGGAUAGAAAGGAGUGCAUCAGAAUUCUUGAAUUUAUGAAAGCAUACGGAUCACAGAGAGCUGGUAGAGAAAUAAAGAGAAGACACCAGCCCGCGAAGAGAGAUUUCCAAAGACAUCAAAAAGAUAUUUCAAAUUCAGUAAGGUAA